AUGAGCGCAACUGUCGUCGAGCCGAAUUCAAAUUUUGGGGUAGAGAGGGGAAACUAUGUUGGAGAAGAACUCCAACAUAUUUUAUUUCGGGCGCGGUUCCCGACGACAUUCAAAGAUGACUCAGGAGUUCUUGAGGAUCGUCGAUACGGAAAUGCUACAGUUGGAGAAACGCCCUUUUCCAACGGCAUGUUUAUUUACCAUUUCUUCAUUAAACACUAUGAAGAGGUCAUUAACCAUAACGGAACCUUGUGGACUAUCGGAGGCUCAAUCGGAACUCCUGUCUUCAUCUCUAUCGGCACUGGCCUCGCCCAUGGUGGCCCAGGAAGUCUGUUUCUCGCUUACACCUUAUACUCUGCCAUGGUAGGCCUUGUUAAUAACUGCAUGGCUGAGAUGGCAGUGCAGCAUCCUGUGUCCGGUGCUUUCAUUAGGAUGGCGGGACACUGGGUUGACGAGGCUUUUGGUUUCAUGGUUGGGUGGAACUUCUUUCUCUAUGAAGCCCUCAGGGUGCCGUUUGAGGUACCGGCUUUGAAUGUUGUGCUUAAGUUUUGGAGGGAUGAUAUACCUGUUGCAGCAGUUGUGCGGCUUGUAUUGUUCUUUGUGGGUGAGCUCAAGCUGCAUACUCUGUUCGAUUCCUAUUAACAUGCAAAUCCUAGUGUUAUCAACGUGGGUGCCGUGAAAUGGUUCGGCGAAGCUGAAUUUGGCUCUCGAUCGGAAAGGUUGUCCUCUUCUUCACCUUCAUCACAAUGGUCGGCGUUAACCCCCGAACACGAUGCAUACGGGCUCCGCUACUAGAGCAAUCCAGGCUCUUUCGCAGAGUACAUAACAGACGGAGAUCUUGGAAGGUUCUAGGGGUUCCUCGGCUCCCCUCUGGAUCGCAGCUUUCACCUGUGUUGGCCCUGGGUAUGUCUCUAAGAUCGCCGGAGAGGCCAAGUCGCCGCGGGUUUACCUCAAGAAUGCUUUUAAAACCACAUACAUCCGGUUCGGUAUAUUUUUUAUUCUGUCGUCCCUCUGUGUUGUAUCAUUCUCCCUUACAAUGACCCUACCCUUGUGGGUAUUGUCAACGGGGUUGACGGUGCUGGAACAGGAGCUGCCUCCCCCUAUGUUAUCGCCAUGGGAAAUCUUGGAACAGGAGUUCUUUACCAUGUCGUCAAUGGCCUUCUCGUCUCAAGCAUAUUCUCGUCUGGUAACGCCCUG